CACACCUUCACAUCACUCAUAUACACGUUGAAGAUUGUGAACCUGUUUGAAUCAUUAUUUUCUUUUCUACGAAAAUAAUAUUUCGUUGAACGAAAUGUUGCACGAAGUAUUAUUAUCCCUGUGGGGAUGUUCGACGAAUGCCUUGCAAAUAUUGGAAUCAGACACUGUAGAUAUCGAAAAAUAUUUACAUCCCGGAGAACGUGUCUUGCUCAAAAAGAUAUUAGAUAUAGUGGAAGAAUGUAAUAUUAUUAGAAAAUUUAUUAAGGAUUAUAGUACGUCAACUGGUUCAAAACAUACUGAAGAUUCAGAGAACGUACAUCAGGGUUUAUAUUUACAAGCCCUUUGCGAAGGGAUGGAUCAAGCAUUAGAACCAUUUCGCCAAGAGAUCGUUGAUUUAGAAGGUGUAGUUCUCAGUGACAGUUAUACUCCAUUGUCAUUAAUACUCUGCCACAUUCAAAAAUAUGUCUGCUUGUUUUCUGUCUUAAAUUCUAUAAUAAGAGAGAUUCACACACAAAAAGUUCAUGGUUGUAAAUUACUUCAAUGCCUGCAUCAAAAUAUGCAUAUUGGUAUUUCUGAUGUAAAAACUGCUAUAGAAAAGGUAUCUCAUUGUGUACACAUAGUUUUUUACAAACACUUGACUAGCUGGCUUUUGUAUGGUCAUUUGGAUGAUGUGUACAAUGAGUUUUUCAUCCAAAAAAUAACUGAUGAACAAAACACUCUGAUGUUAAUAGACAAUAAAGAUGGAAAUAAAGCAAAAGUCAAUGCAGACAUGUGGAAUUAUAAUAUUAAAAUAGAUAUGCUUCCCUCCUACAUAAGACCGUCUUUAGCAGCUAAAAUUUUGACUAUUGGGCAAACUGUUAUAAUGUUCGGGAAUGACCCGAGACAGAAGAAAGAUUUUGCUAUAUCAGAUCAUAUCGAAACUUCGAUAUGGGGUGAAAAGGAGUACGAGUAUUUUCGUAAAUUGCAGAGCCUCCAAAAGAGAUCUAUCUUUAAUAUCGUGGAAUUCGAACGUACGAUCGAUGAGUUAAAGCAAUGUAUAACAGAACUUUUAUGGCGAGUCGCCGUAGAAGAAGCACAACUUGUUCAUCAACUUAGAUUAGUUAAAGAUUUUUUCCUCAUGGGACGUGGCGAUUUGUUUCUUGAAUUUAUCCGACUCACUGCUCAUAUAUUGAAUAAACCCCCGACGCAUCAUUCGUCGCGAGACGUUAAUCUAGCUUUCCAAAUGGCGUUGAGGAAGAUGCAUUUGAAUGACGAGAACGCCAUGGACAGUUUCAAUUUUAUAGUACCUAUCCCAGUAGAAGAAACUGAAGAUAUCGAGGUAGAAGGUACAGAGUUUACUGAGAAAGAACGUGAAGAUCCUAUUGAAAGACGUGGAUGGGGUAUGGUUAUUUUGAAAUAUAAAGUCAUAUGGCCAUUACAUUUGUUGUUCAGUCCAUCUGCUCUGAACGACUACAAUACACUAUUCAAAUUUUUGCUCCGAGUUAAGAAGACGCAAAUUGAUUUAUGGAAUCUGUGGAGCGAGCACAUGUAUUACAAAAAUAUCGAUAUGGGGGUAAUUCAACUGAGGAACAAUCUAAUUUUUAUUAUCGAUAAUUUACAAUACUACUUACAAGUAGACGUAAUAGAAAGUCAGUACACAAUCAUGGAAGCAAAUAUGAAGAAUACAAGGAAUUUUGAAGAUGUGCAAAAGGCGCAUUCCAUCUUUUUGGCUAACGUUAUGUCACAAACAUUUUUAUUAGGAAAUUCGACCGAGAGGACGAACGCUGUAAAUAAAUUAAUAAAACUGUUAUUACGACUGUGCGACGAUUUCAUCUUACAAGCAUCAAUGUGGGAAGUAGGUAAUUUACUUUUAACAGAAAAGGAAGAAUUGAAAACUCUGUCUGAGACACUUGAGAGUGUAAUGGGCUGGUUAACAAAGACACUGAACAGGGUACGCGCACAACCGAGUGGAGAACAUUUAGCUCAAUUAUUAUUGAGACUAGAUUUCAAUAGGUGGUUCAGUAAAAAAACCCAAACAAGGCACGAAUUAUCCCAGUACUAGUUCUAAGUAAAUCAGCACUAAUUUUGUAAAAAGGAAAUGUAAUAAAAUGGAAUACAAGUCUCUUCAAUUUUUUAUAA